AUGUCGCGAACCGUGGAUCUGACCUCGAGCGGGGACGAGGAUGUAUCGGAAACAAUGUUCAAAUCGUCUCAAUCUGCGCAAAAGACACCAAGACCAAAAAAUAACACGAAUGCCAACAAGGGCAGCACAAGUGGUAUUAUUGACACAACUGGAAAGGAUGGAUCAGCAACACCUGAUAAUGUACAGGCAAACAUCGAGCAGGAACGAAAGUCCAUCAAGGCCAGGCUUAAAGCUAUCAGCCAACAAAUUCAGGAAUUGCAG